CCUCGGUCGGCCACAAUCAUGUCUGGAGGUGUGAUCAGGCCGAAUGACCCCACUGUGGAGGACAAGAUUCUCGGUUAGCGGCGAUUGUCACACAUUACACGUCAAGGCGCCACAAUGAAUGUGUUCUUCGUCUGUUGGCAGGCCAGGGCGGGGAAGGAACGGUGUACAGGGGUGUGUGGCGAAGUCCAGAUGGAAAUAUUUCUGUGGCUGUCAAGACAUUCAAAGCCAACGAGGAGCUUGACGAGGGAGUACGGCUACAGAGCCCUAUAGCUUUCCAUCAUGACGCCCGCGUGUGCGUGUGUGCGUCACGGUGUGCAGUCACAGUUCAUGGAGGUGCUGGAGGAGUUCCUUCCGAUGCUCCCCCUUUGUCACCCCAACAUAGUGAGGGUGCAUGGUGUCUGCAAACACGACAAAUACGGCCUCGUCAUCGUCACAGGUGACAAUCCUUCGCUUCAUCCAGCUCCCUACGUGUCGUUUGUCCUUCUCAGAGUUGUGUACGGGCGGCUCUCUGGCCUCCUAUCUGGCCAAGCAUGGAGCCCCACCGCCGGAGCGGCGCGAUAGGUUCAUGAGAGAGGUGCAUGACGCACAGAAAGAGAGUGUCGUCUGUGUCUCUCUAUAAGUGUGUGCGUGGAUGUCAGAUAUGUGAAGGUGUCCAGUACUUGCAUGAUAAGAAGAUCAUCCACGGUGACUUGAAGCCCGAAAAUAUACUGGUCUCAGCACAUCACUCACGCAUUACUCGAUCAAAACAGGUUCCUGUUGUCGCCCGUACUUGUCAGCUGACGGAGGGUCUCGUCAUCAAAAUAUUGGAUUUCGGGAUAAGCCGGGGCGCUGAGAGAAAAACCACUGUGACUACAGGUAUCCGUAGAAAGUGGAGGAUGCGAACGUCGCCGCACAGGUGCUUGCGCUGCAGUUGCUGGAACCUUCUACUAUAUGCCUCCCGAGGGCAUCGAACCGGAGUGUAAGCAUGCCGAGAUAAGAUGAGCUCCUGGGAUCACUGUGUCUGGUGCAUUCAUAGUGGGAAAACUGACGACGAAAGCUGACAUUUGGGCUGUUGGCGGCGUCGCGAUUGAGCUACACGGAGGUAAGAGAUAAGAAAGAGCGCAGCUCAAAUGCAAGACGGACCGUAUUUGAUUCAGGCCGGCGGCCCUUCGAAGGCUUUGGGCCGGCACAAAUUCUCCACAAGGUCGUCAACAAGAAGGAGGUGAGAUGCCAUCACCUCUGCUUUCAACUUAUCAGACUGACUCGGCCCGUAAAAGUCCUGCAUCGGCCUUCCUUUUUAUCAGAUUCCUGACAUCCCGCAAUCCUUGCUCCCGCAUAUCAAGAACGCCAUCAAGGCAUGCCGAAUAAGUUCACAGCAUCCGUCUCCUUACUGUCUCUCUCCAUGGUGAUCAGAGUUGUUUCAUCUUCAAAGCGGCCAAUCGGCCAACAGCCACACAGGUCGUAUGAACUUUCAUCAAGGGUGAGAAACGCUGGGGCUCACUGGGGCUCACAUACUCGGUGCGUGUACGUUUCAGUUUCUCGAUAAACUGGGGCUGUCUCGUUCGAUGUCAAGCGGACAGCCGACGGAUACGACUGAGGAACCGCCGACGAGCCCAUGGGAAUGGCUAUUCGGCGGAAAGGCCAAGCGACAAGGUCCAUCUACAGUAUAUGCAUGUUCUUCGAUAGAUGGUCUCAUUCUUGAUUUCAGAUGCCCUCUCACUUCCUGCGGCUCGCGGUUCACUCGGGAAUGUGUCUCCCGCCGGCCAUUCAUCGGCUAGCCGCAUGAGCAUGGCCAGCACCAUGCCAGGGCCGCCCAGCACUGCGUCUCCCUCUCAGUCGCCCAUUGAGGGAAAGGUGAGUGAGACGGGCAGGCAGGCUUUCCAUCCCACAUGUAUCUGCACAAUCACGUGAUGUGUCGGAGUGUGGUGGUGUGCAUGUGUCAGUUGGGGUCUACUACGUCCACCACGGCUCCUCCAACUCGCUACUACGGUAUGAGGGAUGGAGAUCAGCAGAGAUCUGACGGCAUCUGUGGACAGACAGGCGGGAAAGCGUGUCGGGAAGCCAGCUACGAUUGCCAACUGUGUCAACUGUGUGUGUAUGGUGUCCUUUCCCUUGUUUUUUCCUCAGUUGAUCCGUCGUCUGCAGGUUUCAGCCACGGCACGUACCCGUCACCGUACGGCAUGCCGCUUGGUCCGCACGGGUACCCAGGUGGUCCGUAUGGCUACCCGGCCUACCCGCCGGUACCAGGCCAGUACUAUGCCCCCGGGGCCGGCCAGUACUAUGCGCCGGGGGCGGCUGGCGUUGCUCCCACAGUGUAUGGUGGGCCCGGUGGUCACACUCAGGCGGUGCUGCCCGCUGAGCAUGCCAAGGGGGGCGAGGCGGACGAGCCCAACAGUCACAUUCAGGUGGUGCUCCCUGGUGAAGAUGCCGAGGGGGGCGAGGCGGACGACGAUGAGGGCGGCAGGAGGACAGGAGGGCCGGCGAAAGGCGGCAAACUCAGCGCUGAGGAGAAGGUAUGUAAGUGGUAUGUAUACGUACGGUCCCGUAGGUGUGUUGUGUGGCUGAGUGUCUGUUGUGGGCGGGCAGAAGGAUGAGAAGGCUCGUCUGCAGCGGGUUGUCAAGGACUUCGCAAAGGUACUGACUUACUGACUGUCACGCAUUCGUGUGUGCGAAGAGGUCAUUAGACAAUCAGGCCUGUGUGUGUCUCGUCUCGUCGUCCUGUGUCUCUCUGUGUGCAUUUGUGUGUCGGUCAGGAUGCCGUCGGGGGGAUGGAGAUGACGGUCAUAGACCUCGACGGUACACAGGCACAGGCCCGCCCAGGAGUGUCCAAAGUUCACCCUCUGGAUGAGUGUGCAGGGAGGAAGUUCAGGACUCUCUUCCAAAUGGACAGCUACCUCCAGGUAAGCCAGCCACUCACAACACAACAGACAACCCCACUGCAGUGCAGCCACUGUCUGUGCGAUGGCCUGUCCGUCCGUAGUACUUCACGUUCGAGCCGGUCAAGGGCGAGGCUGUGCCAGAACACAUGAGGAAGAUCGAAAUGAAAUCGGUGGGUGCGGCGCGGGAGGACGUGGGGACAGAUCCUGUCUAUGUCGGUAUGCGCGUGUGUGCAUGUACUCAGGUCGACAGUGUGUACAGGGACAGCAAGGUCAUGAAGAAGAAACCCAACUUCCCCUUCCCCGAAGACGCACCACACUGUGUCGGUAAGAUGCCCAUCAAAUACUUCCCCCCAUCCAUGUGUGUGUAUGUGUGUGCGUAGGAUUCGAGACUCGUGGGGGUAGGGUCAAGUUAUUUUUCCUUAUCCCCGAGGAGGAUGCCCGGGACAACUUCUACACAUGUUUCAAAGUACUCAGGUGAGGACACACUCACACACAGAGGGAGACAGGCAGGAAGGGCGGCGUAGUCAUGUCAGCCAGAGAGAAAGAGCCAGCCGCCAGCUAACGAGUGGGUGGGAGAAGACACACAUGACUGUUUUCUGGCAGACUCAGCGUGGAGGUCAAGAAGCAGUCGUAACAAUUGGUGCCCUAUUCUUCCAGCUGACAGGAUUUUGGUCGGUACGUGUAUGUCAUGUGAUUGUGAACGAUCAGGAGGCAGUGAGACAGGCCGGUAAGACCACCGAAACUUAGAUACUCAAUGUGUCCUCUGCC